AACAAUAUGCAUCUUGCUAGUUUGGUCAGUUCCUGCUCCCUCCUACUGCUACUGGGGGCCCUGCCUGGAUGGGCAGCCACUGAUGACCCCCUUGAGAAGGUCAUUGAAGGGAUCAACCGAGGGCUGAGCAAUGCAGAGAGAGAGGUGGGCAAGGCCCUGGAAGGCAUCAAUAAUGGAAUCACUCAAGCUGGAAGGGAAGUGGAGAAAGUUCUUAAUGGACUUAGCAACAUGGGGAGCCAGGCCGGCAAGGAGCUGGACAGGGGCGUCCAGGGGCUCAACCACGGCUUGGACAAGGUAGCCCAUGGGAUCAACAAUGGCGUCGGACAAGCAGGAAAGGAAGCAGAGAAGCUUAUCCAUGGCGUGAACAAUGCUGCUGGACAGGUUGGGAAGGAGGCAGACAAAGUGAUUCAAGGGGUCCAUCAUGGGGUCAACCAGGCGGGAAGUGAGGCAGGAAGGUUUGGCCAGGGGCUCCACCAUGCUGCUGGGCAGGCUGGGAAUGAGGUAGGGAGGUUUGGCCAGGGGCUCCACCAUGCUGCUGGGCAGGCUGGGAAUGAGGUAGGGAGGUUUGGCCAGGGGCUCCACCAUGCUGCUGGGCAGGCUGGGAAGGAGGCAGAAAAGUUUGGCCAUGGGGUUCACCAUGGGAUUAAUGAGGCUUGGAAAGAAGCAGAGAAGUUUGGCCAGGGGGUCCACCAUGCUGCUGGGCAGGCUGGGAAUGAGGCAGAAAAGUUUGGCCAUGGGGUUCACCAUGGGAUUAAUGAGGCUUGGAAAGAAGCAGAGAAGUUUGGCCAGGGGGUUCACCAUGCUGCUGGGCAGGCUGGGAAUGAGGUAGGGAGGUUUGGCCAGGGGGUUCACCAUGCUGCUGGGCAGGCUGGGAAUGAGGUAGGGAGGUUUGGCCAGGGGGUUCACCAUGCUGCUGGGCAGGCUGGGAAUGAGGUAGGGAGGUUUGGCCAGGGGGUUCACCAUGGCAUUAAUGAGGCCUGGAAGGAAGCAGAGAAGUUUGGCCAGGGGGUCCACCAUGCUGCUGGGCAGGCUGGGAAGGAGGCAGAAAAGUUUGGCCAUGGGGUUCACCAUGGGAUUAAUGAGGCUUGGAAGGAGGCUGAGAAGUUUGGUCAGGGGGUCCAGAAUGCUGCUGGGAAGGCUGGGAAAGAUGGGGACAAAAUAGUCCAAGGAGUCCAACCUGGGGUCAGCCAGGCUGGGAAGGAGGUGGAGCGAUUUGGCCAGGGAAUUCAUUAUGCUGCAGGCCAGGCUGGGAAGGAGGUAGAGCAGUUUGGCCAAGGGGUCCAUCAUGGGAUUAAUGAGGCCUGGAAUGAGGCAGAGAAAUUUGGUCAGGGGGUCCACCAUGCUGCAGGGCAGGCUGGGAAAGAGGGGGACAAAAUAGUCCAAGGAGUCCAACCUGGGGUCAGCCAGGCUGGGAAGGAGGUGGAAAAACUUGGUCAGGGGGUCCACUAUGCUGCUGGUCAGGCUGGGAAAGAGGGAGACAAAAUAGUCCAAGGAGUCCAUCCUGGGGUCAGCCAGGCUGGGAAGGAGGUAGAGCAGUUUGGCCAUGGGGUCCACCAUGGGAUUAAUGAGGCCUGGAAGGAGGCAGAGAAACUUGGUCAGGGGGUCCACUAUGCUGCUGGGCAGGCUGGGAAAGAGGGGGACAAAGUGGUUCAAGGGACCCACAAUGGAGUCAGCCAGGCUGGGAAGGAGGUGGAGCGAUUUGGCCAGGGAGUUCACCAUACCGUUGAACAGGCUGGAAAGGAGACAGACAAAGUGGUCCAAGGGUUCUACGAAGGGGCCAGCCAGGCUGGGAAGGAGGCAGAGAAAUUUGGCCAAGGGGUCAACCACGCUGCUGGCCAGGCUGGAAAGGAAGCGGAGAAACUUGGCCAAGGUGUCCACCAUGCUGCUGGCCAGGCUGGAAAGGAGGUGGACAGGUUGCAGCAGAAUGUUCAUAAUGGGUUCAACCAAGACGGCAAGGAGGCCAACCAGCUGCUGAAUGGCGGUCAUCCAGGCGGAUCCACCGUCCAUCACGGAGGGGGCGCAACCACAACAUUAACAUCUGGAGCUUCGGUCAACAAGCCCUUCAUCAACUUUCCAGCUCUGUGGAGGAGCGUCGCCGACAUCAUUCCCUAAACUGAUUCCUGGCCUUGCUGAGAAGACUGACGUUCCUGUUGUCAUAUCAGCUGAAAUGACGUGAAGGAGCUGGGGAUGGGGGUGGG